AUGAAGAACGUCCUCCAGUGGGGCCCACCCCAGGGCCUACAAGGAGUAGAUGUGGCUUACACUGUGCAGUAUUUCAUAUAUGGGCAAAAGAAAUGGCUGAACAAAUCCGAAUGCAGACACAUCAAUAGGACCCACUGUGAUCUCUCUGCGGAAACUUCUGACUAUGAACAUCAAUAUUAUGCCAAAGUAAAGGCCACUCGGGGAUCUGAUUGUUCCAAAUGGGCAGAAACUGGACGAUUCUAUCCUUUCUUAGAAACACAAAUUGGCCCACCAGAGGUUACUUUGACUCCUGAUGAGAAAUCCAUUUCUGUUGUUCUGACGGCUCCAGAGAAGUGGAAGAAAAAUUCAGAAGAAAGUUCCAUUUCCAUGCAACAAAUAUACUCAAAUCUGAAAUAUAAUGUGUCCAUCUUCAAUACUAGGUCCAACAGGAUGUGGUCUCAGUGUGUGACCAACCACACGCUGGUGCUCAGCUGGCUCGAGCCGGACACUCUGUACUGCAUCCAAGUGGAAUCCUUCGUCCCAGGGCCUCCUCGCCUUGCUCGGCCUUCUGAGAAGCAAUGUGUCAGCACUUUGAAAGAUCAAACUUCAGCAUUGAAAAUUAAAAUAAUCUUCUGGUAUGUUUUGCCCAUAUCUGUUACCGUGUUUCUCCUUUUUGUGAUGGGCUUCUCUGCGUACAGAUAUAUCCAUGUUGGCAAAGAGAAACACCCAGCAAAUCUGAUUUUGAUUUACAGAAAUGAACUUGACAAAAGAUUCUUUGUACCUGCUGAACAAAUUGUAAUUAACUUUAUCACCCUCAAUAUUUUGGAGGAUUCUAAAUGUUCUCAUAAGGAUAUAAGUGUUGUGGAAAAAAGCAAUGAUGUAUGGGAUCUGAAUGAGCCCAGCAAGGACCAGCAGCCCCAUCAGGAGGAAAUGGAGGUGAUGCACUUAGGGUAUGCUUCCCAUUCGAUGGACAUUUUCUAUGACACAGAGAAUGGCUCUGAAGGGACUUCCCUAACCCAACAAGAGUCAUUCGGCAGAGCAGUACCCACAGAUAAAAUAGUCAUUGAGUAUGAAUAUGAUGUGAGACCUGCUGACCUUUCUGUGGGGCCUGGAGAUCCAGAGCUCCGUUUGCAGGAGGAGAUGUUCCUACAAGGAAAAUUAUUUGAGCCACAGGCAGCUUUGGCUAACUGGGGCCCACAAACACUAACGUACUCAGAUACCCCUCAACUCAGAGACUUGGACCACCUGCCAGAGGAACAUGUGGACACAGAAGAGGAGCCAGAAGAAGAGCCAUCGAUCACACUGGUCGAUUGGGACCCUCGGACUGGCAGGCUGUGUAUACCUUCAUUAUUUAGCUUUGAACAUGACUCAGAAGGAUGUGAACAUCCUGAGUACAAGGACCUCACUGAUGAGGGCCUUUUGUCUAGACUUUAUGAGGAGCAGGCUCCCAACAAGCCACUUGAAGAAGAUGAAACCUAUCUGACGCAUUUUUUGGAGGAAUGGGGAUUAAAUGUACAAAUGGAAGACUAA